GAUAGCAUGAGACACAGUAUUAAUUCUCUAAUUACAUUUGAAAUUACUUAACUUUAUGUACCAUUAAUUCCAUAACGUCAUUAACCACUAUAAAAUAAAAGUAGAUAGAAACGAAACGUUCCAGCGACAUCGUUAGAAUGAACGGAAUAACUUUGUUGAUUUUCUUCUCGUUGUUGACGUUGAAUAACGCCGAUAUUCAACGAACAUCGGUGGUUCAGACAAACUCAGGACCUGUUCAAGGCGCCACAUUGACUACUGUGUGGAAUGGCAUCGAAUAUUCAUCGUUCAAAGGCAUCCCUUAUGCCGCUCCACCAAUUGGAAAUCGUAGAUUCAGGCCUCCUGUUCCACCAGAAUCAUGGAACGAAACUCUGGACGCCAUUGAAGAGGCCAAUGAAUGUCCUCAAGAAAUAUCGAAUGUUUAUAGUGGAAAUGAAGAUUGUUUGUAUCUAAGUGUGUUUACUCCUCAGACAAAAUUCGACGAGAAAUUAACUCUGAAACCAGUUAUGGUUUGGAUUUAUGGUGGCUCAUUCCUUCGUGGAUCCAAUAACGCAUCUGUCUACGGGCCUGACUUUUUCAUGGAACAAGAUGUAGUUUUGGUUACCUUCAAUUAUCGCCUCGGUGCUUUGGGAUUUUUAUAUCUGAAACACGAAAACGCAGCUGGCAAUGCCGCAAUGAGGGAUCAGCUGAUGGUUUUGGAAUGGGUUCGUGACAAUAUCGCUGCAUUUGGAGGCGAUCCAAAUCAAGUGACGCUUUUUGGACAAAGCGCUGGCAGCGCAAGCGUGAACUAUCACGUUCUCUCUGAGAAAUCUCGUGGUCUGUUCCAUCAUGCUAUCGAGCAAAGCGGAACAGCUGCUUCGUAUCUAUACAAGACGCAAGAAGCAGCGUAUCAAACUGCUAAUAAAUUAGCCAGCGAGCUUGGCUUUCAAUCUAACAAUCCAAACGAAUUGUUAAAGUUCUUCCUUGAGGCGGACGCGAAGGAUCUCGUGGCAACGACCAAUCGUGCCUUCCCGUUUGGCAGCGACUUCUCGGUACCCUUCGCGCCGAUAAAGGAGAAUCCCGAUCUCGUUGAUCCAAAGGACAUGUUCCUGUCCGAAUGUCCAAUAACCUUAGCCGCGUCUCAAAAAUUCAAUAAGAUGCCCGUGAUGCUGGGCUUCACCCACGACGAACUGUUAGAUUUCUCGGAGGACUUGUAUCAAAUUAUAAACGACACGGCGGACGCUUUGAAGGAGAUAUUUAAUUUGAAGCUGGAUCUCGUAGGACCUUACGAAGCAGUUAAGGAAUUGUCAGUGGUAUUAUCGGACUUCAUUAUGAAGGGACCAAUCGAUUUUGCUCAGAGAUUGCUCGUUCAUGGUAACGACAAUUAUCCUGUUUAUUAUUAUCAAUUGUCAUACGUGUCCAAUUAUGCGCUGCAUACACAGGACGGUAUACCUGAACCGGGUAUCGCUCACUUUGAUGACAUUGGAUUACUUUUCAACGUGGAAAGCUUGAAUGCUCCUACUAAUCCUCAGCAUCCUUUCAAUCAGUUCCGACGAAAAUUGGUCACUUUGUGGGCAAAUUUUGCGAAAUACGGGAAUCCAACUCCUGAUAACGCAAACCCAUUAAACGACGUAAUCUGGAAACAGUCUGGAAAAGCUGGACAAUUAUUGGACAUGGGUGACAAUUUCCAAAUGAUAAAUCGUACACAGGCGAUCAACGAAAGGGCGUUAUUUACGGAGAAAUACCUGUAUUUCUCCAUGCCUAUAACGAGCGAUUGUAACGAUAUUACUUAUGCGAAUUAUUUCAGUCUUUUAGAGAUCAGAAUGAACGAUGCGAGUUGGUUUAUCCUCGUGCUUCUAAUCUCAACGUUCCAAGUGAUCGUGAGUUCUCCUAGGACGCCCAUCGUUUACACAUCGAACGGACCUGUUCGAGGCUUGAUAUUGCGCACUGUGUGGCACUCGAUGAAGUACUCCUCGUUCAAGGGAAUCCCUUAUGCCAAACCGCCCCUCGGUGACCUGAGAUUCAAGCCUCCAGUUCCGAUAGAUCCUUGGAAAAAAGUGUUACACGCCUACGAAGAGGGCAGCGUAUGCGCUCAAUGGGACUAUUUAUCGCUUCUCUACAUGGGAAGCGAGGAUUGCUUGUUCUUGAACGUUUUUACUCGCGAGGUGGAAUUCAAGAAACGGAUAAAUUUGAGACCGGUCAUGGUUUGGAUACACGGUGGUGGUUAUUUCUCAGGAUACAGCAAUUCGUCCUUGUACGGUCCUGAUUUCUUUCUGGAGGAAGAUGUCGUUUUAGUCAGUUUCAAUUAUCGACUUGGCGCCCUAGGAUUCCUGGCAUUGAAACAUCCUAAUGCAACUGGCAAUGCUGGCUUGAAAGACCAACGGUUAGUCUUCCAAUGGGUGCAAAAUAACAUAGCUGCGUUUGGAGGUGAUCCAAAUCAAGUAACAAUCUUUGGGGAAAGUGCUGGUAGUAGUUCCAUUGGUUUCCACAUAUUGUCAGAACGGUCCAAAGGAUUGUUUCUUCGAUCGAUCAGCAUGAGCGGCAGCCCAUUGUGUCCUUGGGCGUAUCACUCACCCGAAGAGAUGAUUCGGAAUGCUCAUCAACUUGCAACCGUUCUCGAUUACGUCCCCAAGGAUCACGACGAUUUGGUGAAUUAUCUUCGCCAAGUACCUCUGAUGGAACUCAUACGCGCAUCGACUAAAGUUGAAAUGAACCUGCUUCCAUUUCGACCUACUAUAGAAGAUCCCGACAUCGAUCCUAGCAAUAGCACGGUGAUAACAGAAUGUCCAAUAACGAAAUAUCACAACGGGGAUUUUUAUCGUCACGAUAUAAUGCUGGGUUACACUCACGACGAAGUUUUCUUCUUUUUCGGUCCGCCAAUCGGGGUGGCAAACACGAUCAAUUGGGCGAAAAAAUAUCUACAAAACGCUGCUAAAGAAAAUAGAGAUAUCGGUGAAGAGCCGAAAGCACUGCUCGCGCGGGUUGUAAACGAUCUCGUUAAAGCUAGUUUCAAGCAGGUCAAGAAGAUUUUUGGAUUGUUUUCUGGAUUCACACAGAUAGGGAUGGAUAUAUUUUUCAGCGGCCCUAUCGAUUUGACUCAAAGAUUGCUAGCAAAGCACAAUAAGGGCCAUCCUAUUUAUUAUUACAGGUUGUCGUAUCAAUCAAAAUAUGCUUUGCACAAAUUCAAGGACAAUCCAUUGAACGGAACUGCACAUUUUGACGACGUUGGAUAUAUAUUCAAUUCAAAAUUACCUCGCACGCCAUCCAAUCCUAAGAACAGUUUCAAUCGAUUUAGGAAGAAGAUGGUUGCUUUGUGGGCUAACUUUGCUAAAUAUGGGAAUCCUACUCCAAAAAAUUUUUCUUUCGACGUCAAGUGGAUAAAAUCUGAGAGGGAAGGUUUUCAAUUGGAUAUUAAUACCAUCUCCACGAUGCAUAAACGACUGAUCGACAAAAAGACUGAAUACGUGGAGAAAUUGCUUUACAAGUUAUUCCCAUUGAUCACUUCUUGCGUGAAAAAGCCUACGAAUUUUACAGAUCUAUUCUAAUGUCUAAUUUUAUAUUUUGAUACUUAAUAAAAUUGAGAGAGGGAGGGAAAAAUA